AUGGCUAACAGCAACAAUCAUCACGACAAGCCCCUGAGCGACGAAGUCCGCGAGGACGUCCGCCGCAUGACAGUCGGUCUCACCAACCAGGCUACCAUCGAGACCCUCUCGCGCGCUGGGAUGGUGGCUAAAAAUAAGAGAGAGAACUCCCAGGCCCAUCGCAUGCAGGCUAUUGCUCGUGCUGAAGCUGCCAAGAAGGAGCAGGCUGCUAAGAAGACGGCCAAGGGUGACGAGAAGACGACCGAUAGCGGCGACCAUGCCAAGGAUGGAGGCAUCGAACCUAACAAGGGUAAUGGCCAGAAGCAGAUCUAA